AUGCCUCAGGCCCUAGCCUAUUCUGACUACCGGACGUGGGAAAUCAGUCCACACAAACCCUGUGGACCACAACGAGAGUAUGUACCACCUAGCGUUGCUUUCGACGGGGAGGCGACCUACACUUCAGACUACAAGAACUACGGUCCAAUAAAGCCAGUCGGCGCCUGCCGGCCUACAAUUUCGCGGCCACAGAGUCACGGAGCUGUGGACGAGAGCAGUUACAUGACGGACUACCGUGACAGUUACCUUCCUCCACCGGAGGGCUUUACAGUACAACAUGCUAAAAAACCCUACCCUGCUAGGGUAGACUUGGGCCCCUUUGAUAAUGCGACGACCUCUAGGUCAGAUUACGGCCCGAAGCAAGCUGAGCGCCGAAAAGACUGCACGCCAAAACAGGCACCCGUGACCUCGGAUACGCCUUUCUCCAAGGACACUACCAACCGAGUCGACUACAAGGAAUGGCCUCUUCCAGAACAUUAUUAUCACACGACUGCCAAGUACCGCCCACCAGAGGGUGAAUUCAUGGAUAGCACCACUUACAACGUCACCUAUGUUCCCUUGGAAGCCAGCGCCAGAACCAAACCCAUUCGGCCCAAGGAGGCCCAACUGAGUGAAAAUCGACAAUUUUAUAGUGCAACUGACUACGGUGACAGCUACCGUGAAUGGCCACUGAGCAGUCGCGCGUUACGACGCAAAAAGGGACCCGAUUACUUGCCGCCGGAGGUGCCCUUCCAGGGUCUGACUAUUCAACAGACCGACUACAUUCCGCAUCCCGGUGCCAGGAAGCUCUCCUCCUGCAUUAAAAAGCUGGAGCACAAGACUGACGACGGAGAGUUGGUCUUCCAGGGUGAGGUAGGUGAAAUCGAAUUACGCCUAGCGUCUGCAAGUUCACUCCUGCAUGCAUGUAUGCAUGCUCGUACUUUCAGGUCCUUGGGAUUCAGUGACUCCCCAACCCAGGCUGCCUUAUUCAUGGCCUUAGUUGUGGCCAAGCUGCUGCUUCUCGAUUAG